CUCACAGGCUCAGGUCUAAGAUUCCCACCGCCUUGCUCCAGACGGAGACCCAUUAGGGAACCACGGUACCCAAAGGCAUUAUGAAAAACCUGUGUUUUGGAGUCACGGCCAUGGCUGUAGGUCUUUAUUUGACUGGAGCAAUGGCAAACCCACCAAGAAAGCACAGUGUUGUCUUCAGUGCUGCGUGCCAGUGGGAUGGACAUCUCCUGACAGAUUGUUCCUUCACGGGAAAGCAUGGUAUUCCUGGUGACGUAUCACAGACAGCGUCCACAGUGGGUGUGAGUUCCAGUUUCAUUGGGGUUCUCUUACAAUCUCCCACAGACAAAGAACAGAGUAUAAAACAUCUGGAUCUCAGUAACAAUCGCCUGUCGACAAUAACCUUGAGCUCUCUUGCACACUUACACGCUUUGGAAAUAGUAAACCUCAGCCACAAUGCCAUCCACUCCAUCUCAUUGGAUCUACCCCAUCCUAAGUCCUCGAAGGCGAGAUGCCCCAGAAGCAACGGGAGAAAUGGGCUUCCACAUCUAAAGUUGCUCAUUCUUCAAGGAAAUAAUCUUGGUGACAUUCCCAAGGGACUGUGGAAACUGAAGUCAUUACGGAGUUUGGAUCUGUCCUUCAAUGGGAUAUCGCAAGUUGGUGUGUCUGAUUUUCAUAAGUGCCUGCAACUGGAGAACCUCUAUUUAAGGAGCAACAAGAUAUUCAGAAUUCAUCCAGAAGCCUUCAAGGACCUCAAAAAAUUACAGGUGGUGGACCUCAGCAGCAAUGCCCUGACCGCCGUCCUGCCGAUGAUGGCCAUCGCUCUAGGACUUCCCUGUCUGGACGCUGACUUGGCUGAUAACCAAUGGCAGUGUGACGAUAGCGUGGUGGCCUUCCAAAACUUCAUUUCUGAAUCCUGGAGGAGAAAGUGGGAUGAAAUUUGCCACAAGUCUAUAGGGAAUGAGGAGGCAUCCUGGCAGACCCCCAAACGCAGAGUUUCCAGGGAGAUCCAGCUUCCUCACACUGACCUGCAUCACACGAAAAGCUUCAUAAGGAGCAAAGCGGUGAGGCCCCAGGAAGGAACGUAUAGGCCCUUUUCCACCCUGGGGAAGAAGGACCAUGAAGGCUCUGAUACCUCUGAGCAGCAGAGAUGGCCCCCAAGAUGGGUAAGGAGCACACAGGACGUGCAAGUGGCCAGCAGGAAGGAAGCUGCCUCCCAGGACCUCGCACUGGCUGUCUGCUUAGCGGUGUUCAUCACGUUCUUCGUGGCUUUCUGCCUGGGGGCUUUUGCAAGGCCUUAUCUUGACAGACUGUGGCAACAGAGAUGCAGAAAGAAACAGCUGAGUUCAGACCACGCAUAUCACAACGAGGGCUACAACGAAAUGGAAGCUGCUGGGAACAUCCAGCACCCAAGGGCAGAUCUGCACCAUGCUUGCCAUGGUCUAACCCUCUGUUCAAAGCAAGACCCUUUCUUGAGGAUGGAGGCCUGCCCACAGUCUGCUGUCAUUCCUGAUAGAAGCCUGGGAAUGAGCAGAAAGGAGCCCGGCAGCAGACAGAGCAGGGAACAAGGCAGGAAUGACACUGGGGCUGCAAGUAGGAAGGAUACUGUGCUUCCAAAUGGCAGUGCAGCCUGUCCCGUUAUCCAUGGGCCACCAAAUGCUGCCAGCAACACACCCAUUUCAGCAGAACAGGACCACCUCUGCAGGAAUGGUAUUCUUGGAGAAAUCAAUCAUGAAACUGAGGCCCCAGAAUAUUUUCUCAGUCAGUAUUCACUGGGGGUCCCUGUGACAGCUGGCAGAUUACAAACUGGCCCUGGCUCAAUCCAUAAGGGUGUGAAUGAGUUAGACCCGCUGCUGUGGAGAGAUUCGAGAGCUGCUCUCUCUGAAACACAGACACGUACAAAAGCACAGAGGACUGGAGAGAAUGAGGAGAGAAGGAGCACCGAACCAUUGCCUUCGGAGUCUUCUAAGGACGUGCAAGCGAGCACUUCCAUUAGUUUCCUGAACACACAGGAGCAACGAUUCACAGGAGCCAGUGCCAAGGGCGAACAUUUCACCUACUACUGUUCGACCUCACUCAGUGAUCUAGCAGAUACAAACCCAUCCCCACCGGGUUCUCCUCCAAGGUGGGGCAAUGACCCACCUGUCACUCCUGCUAACAAAGAACCUGUGCAGAAACCUGCACCUUGGGACACACAACACGAGUUGGACAUCAACUAUGACUCUGAUUCUGAUGAAGGGUCUUUGUUCACUCUAAGUUCGACAAGUUCAGAAGGUGGAAGAGAUGUAUCUGAAGAACAGGCAGAUGGUGAGGAGAGUCGUAGAACCAGCGAGGUCCAAGGGGACGAGGACUCAGGGGUGAGGAAGGACAACGUGACACCAUUUGACUGUCUUGAGGACGACAUCACCUUCCAGAAGAGUCAGGAGAAAUGUGAGAAUCAGGAGGAUCUGUUUGAAAAACCUUUCAUUUAUGGUUCAGACUCUGGUUUGUAUGAGAGUCAUCUGGAAAGUGCCACCAACACCAGUAAACUUGAGAAUCCAUUGACCUUGUCUGGAUCACUGGGCAAUUGUCCUUCCAGGGACGAGACCUCAGACUCGUUCAUUUCUGAUUAUGUCUCAGCUCUCCAGUCUGAAGCAGUAGAAUGGCAUUGCUCACUUACAGACCUAGAAUUUUUCAAUGUGGACACUUUACCACAAACACCACCAUGUUCUGCUGAUGUUUCCUCGGAUCCUGAUACAAUUGCCUGUCAUGAAAGAGACUCGGACAAUUGUACACAGGAACAUUUCACUGAGGGAACUGACACAGAUCCAAACAAUAUUCCCUUCCAGAUCCCUUCAGGGGAACACUUACGACCCUCCCAACAAGAUUCUAAAAACAGCAGCAUGCAUUUGGACCCACUGGAUACUGAUACAAAUGAAAACCAUGAUUCCAGAGAGAUUAUAAGCCAAACACAAUUGUUAUCUUUCAGUGGUAAUGAGCUAGCUCUUCAGUAUGAAAGAGGAGGAGGGGAAUAAUUUGAAAAGGGUUCCAAGAUCCAGGUACCAUUAUUCCAAGAGCUCCCAAAUAAAACCUAUUCACUAAGAACUCAGGAGCCCUUCAGUGAUAAAGAUUGGGGUAAAUAUUCAAAGGAGAAUUGGUUGCAAUGAAAAAAAGAUAAUUCUGCCCUGGCUGGUGUGGCUCAGUGGACUGAGCACUGGUCUGAGAACCAAAGGGCUACCAGUUUGAUUCCCCUCAGGGCACAUCCCUGGGUUGCAAGCCAAGUCUUCAGUUGGGGUCACAUGAGAGGCAACAACACAUUGAUGUUUUCCUUCUUCCUCCCUCCCUACCCCUCUCUUCAAAAAUAACUAAAAUCUUUUUUUAAAAAUCAAAAAAAGAUUAUUCUAACUUUUACCCUCAAAUGCAGACCCAGAGCAACCCAAUGGGAGCUGACUGCGUGGGUGAGAACCAGCUCUGCUAUGACAAGGCAAGGAUGUUCAACUGGAAAAACAGGGAAUGC